UCUUCUACGGGCGAUUUGAUCAAUUCUCUGGUGCAGGAGCACCACGACCGUGCGGAGUUAGAACCGCUAAAGAUGCAACCCUCCAUGCUUGACGCCCCUGACGACCUGUCCGAUAAGGCCUUUGAGCUUCCCAAUCUUCAGAUCUUCGUCCUUAAUCGUUCUUUCCUGGUCUCCGUACUAACCAUCCGACGGCCAGAGGCAGACCUCUCACUCACGGACUCUGCUAUUAGAGAGUGGGCAGCUCGCGCUCCUCACUUCAUCUCCACAGACCUACUGCCAGAGGCUGUCGUCACAGACAUCAGGUGUCGCGAUCUAUCAUGGAGGCACUUGACUUCCGCCUAUAUCGAUAUUCAUCGUGCUAAUUUUAACGGUUUCCACUUUCCGGAGUACUGCUGA